AUGUUGGUGAAGGAGAUUCGGGAAUAUUUUGAGAACAAUGACAAUAACGAGAUCUCCCCCAGCUCCCUUUGGGGUGCUCAUAAAGCAGUACUGAGGGGAAAGAUCAUCCAGCUUUCAUCGAAACUGAGGCGGGAACGGAAGGUGGACAUAGAAAAACUUGAGAGAGAUUUCAAAUUUCUAAGUAGGUCCCAUAAGCGAAACCCAUCUCGGUCUUCCCUUACCAAAUUGGAUUCUGCCAGACUAGCGCUCAACUUGGCCCUCACAUCUUCGGCGGAUAAACAUCUUCAAUGGCAAAAUAGUAAAUUUUACAUGAGGGCGAACAAGUUUGGCCCUCAACUAGCGGCCAAACUCACCCCCAAAUUGCGGACGUAUGCGAUUCCUAAGAUUAAGGCCUCGAACGGAAUGUUAACCCAGAACCCUGAAAAAAUUCUUAAGACCUUCCAAUCAUUCUACUCUACUCUGUACUCUUCUGACACGCGACACUCUCAGACAGACCUUGACGCCUUCCUGCAGAAUGUCCCUCUUCCCAGACUUUUGGACUCCCAUCGUGCUACUCUUGACUCACCAUUUCAGGUAGCGGAGAUUAGUGCAGUCAUUAAAGAUCUUAAGACAGACUCUGCCCCGGGCCCUGACGGGUUCUCUAACCUUUAUUACAAAACUUUCUCUGAGAUUCUGGCCCCUUAUCUGGUCCGUUUCUUUAAUUCCUUGCGCAGGGAUUCCUUGGCGGAUCCCUCGGCGAACCUAGCUUUUAUCUCUGUAAUCCCUAAACCGGGGAAGGACCCUAGCGAAGUAAGCAAUUAUAGACCAAUCUCGUUGAUUAAUAACGAUUUGAAGAUAAUGACAAAAGUUUUAGCGAAUAGAAUGGCUCUCUUUAUUGGUUCUUACAUUCACAAGGACCAGGUGGGCUUCAUACCGGGGAGACAGGGACCGGACCAGAUACGGAGGGCAGUAGAUAUUAUUUCACUUAUGAGGAACAGAACGAAGGCUGCAGGAGGGACUUAUACCAACGACAAGGAGAACAAGCCGAGUGUGGGCAUCAUCCCCAGAGUCAUCAAGGCUUUGUUUAAGGAGAUCGAGCAACGGUGUGGCUGGGAAUUUCAAAUCAAAGUUUCCUAUUUAGAGAUCUACAAUGAAGAAAUUGUGGAUCUUCUCUACACUCGAGAUAAAGCGACACACCUCAGCAUCCGCGAGGAAGGCAUUAAGAUCUGUGGCCUCACUGAGCGUGAUGUGAAGGAUGCGGAGGAUAUGGUGUUUUGUCUGGAGAUGGGGAAUGGUGCCCUCACUGUGGCUUCCACAGCCAUGAACUACCAGUCCUCCCGAUCGCACACCAUCUUCACCAUCUCCCUCGAACAAAAGAAAAUCGAUGACAAAAACAUCAGUUUCCGCUCCAAAUUUCACCUUGUUGAUUUGGCUGGGUCUGAAAGACAGAAAAAGACAAAGGCUGAAGGCGACCGUUUGAAGGAAGGUAUCAGUAUAAACCUUGGCCUGUUGUGUUUGGGAAACGUUAUCAGCGCUUUGGGGGAUAUAUCCAAUCGAGGCGGAUUUGUGCCCUACAGAGACUCAAAGCUGACCCGUCUUCUACAAGAUUCCCUUGGGGGUAACAGUCACACACUGAUGAUAGCGUGUGUUAAUCCCGCCAAUUCAAACAUGGAGGAGACACUUAAUACCCUGCGCUAUGCCGACCGAGCCAGAAAGCUAAAGAAUAAGCCGAUCGUCAACACGGAUCCACAGGCUGCGGAAAUUCAGCACCUGAAGCAGCAGGUACAAGAUCUGCAGGUGAUGUUGCUGCAAGCUCAUGGAGGGACCCUUCCUGUACUGACCAAUAUGGAGCCAACCGAUAACCUUCAGUCACUGCUGAUAAAAACCAAAACUUUGGAAGAGGAAAAUGGAAAAUUAAGUCAAGAGCUGGGCGAAGCUGCAGAACAGAUGGCCAAUAUUCUGGAGAAAAUUAUCUUGACUGAACUAGAAAAUGAAAAAUUAACCAAUAAGAUGAAUGAGCUCCGACAACACGCAGCGUGCAAAUUGAAUCUCGAGAAGAUGGUUGAGACCCUGGAAGACCAGGAAAUGAAGGACAAUGUAGAGGUCAUCCGCAACUUGCAACAACUGAUCACACACCUUCAGGAUGAAGGAUCGGUGGGUAGGUACCCACGUGGGUAG